CAACUCGUAUUCUCAGCAUCACUCGCUCUAUAACCAGAGCAGCAUCUGCAGAAACCUGUAUCUGCCUGUCUUCCUCUCUUUCUCCGUCUAGCUCUAUUAGUCUAUCACCCUCACCCUGUGUGUCUCGUCCUCUCACUCUCUAGCACUGUCUGCCACUAACUGUCUCUAACAUUGUCUGUUCUUCUCUAUCACAUGGUCUAUGCAGCAGGCUCUCGCAGAUUUGGAGCUGUCUCUGCAGCAGUCUUGUCCUCUCUCACAUCUGGAACUCUCUCUGCAGGAGUCUGCCAUACAAUUGGAGCAGUCUCUGCAGCGGUCUCUCAUACCAUAGCAUCGAUCCCUUCAGUGGUCUCUGGCACACAUCUGGAGCUAGUUCUGCAGUGGUCUCUGCCACAUCUUGACCUGUCUUCGCAGAGGUCUGUCUCAUACGUCUGGAGUUAUACGUCUCACAUCGCAUGGACUGAGGUGAAUCAUAAAUUUCUUCUCUUAACUACAUGGAAGGUUUCCCCAAACAACAAAGAAGUUGCAGUUUGUUGUGACCUUUGUCCUCUGGACUUAUUAUUCUACUGCAAGGUUUGCAUCUUCCCAAUGCCUGCCCUUCACUUAUGUCCUCUACUCUCUCUGCUACUUCUUGGCUGCUCCUCCACUGUGCCAGUUUUGGAGGAAAUGUCUCCUGGUCUUAGUGUGGAGGCUGGGUCUCCAUCAUCUCCUCCUCAGGGGCCUGGCCCUCCUCCACGUUCCAAGCGUAGCUGGGUCUGGAACCAGUUCUUUGUAAUUGAAGAAUAUGCAGGACCAGAGCCUGUGCUAAUUGGGAGGCUGCACACAGAUGCAGAUCGAGGGGAAGGACGAGCCAAAUAUAUCCUGACUGGAGAAGGAGCUGGUUCUGUGUUUGUUAUUGAUGAGAAAACUGGCAAUAUCCAUGUUACAAAGUCCUUGGAUCGGGAAGAAAAGGAAGAAUAUGUUCUUCUGGCACAGGCUCUGGACAAGAAUUCCCUCAGACCACUUGAGCCCCCUUCUCAGUUCAUCAUCAAGGUGCAAGACAUUAAUGACAACCCCCCUGUUUUCCUGCACCCUCCCUACCGGGCCUCAGUGCCGGAGAUGUCCAACGUAGGGACCUCUGUGAUCCAAGUGACAGCCAACGAUGCUGAUGACCCAACUUAUGGUAACAGCGCCAGACUUGUAUACACUGUGCUGGAAGGGCAGCCAUACUUCUCUGUGGAUCCACAAACAGGUGUGAUCCGCACUGCUAUCCCAAACAUGGACCGUGAGACCCAAGAUGAAUUCCUUGUUGUCAUCCAGGCUAAGGAUAUGGGAGGCCAUAUAGGAGGUCUCUCAGGCUCCACCACAGUUACAGUCACCUUGACAGAUGUCAAUGACAAUCCACCCAAAUUCCCUCAAAGCCAAUACCAGUUCACUGUGUUAGAGGACACUGUUCCUGGCUCUCUGAUUGGCCGACUGAGAGCACAUGACCCAGACAUUGGUGAAAAUGCAGAAAUGUCAUAUAGUAUUUUGGAUGGUGAUGCUGGGGACACAUUUAGUGUAAUGGUAGAUGAUGUGGGCCAGGAUGGCAUUCUCAGAGUACAAAAGCCUCUAGAUUUUGAGUCUCGCCGGUCCUUCACAUUCCGUGUGGAAGUAAUGAACACUGUCAUUGAUCCUCAAUAUAUUCGCCGUGGUCCUUUUAAGGAUGUCACAACAGUGAGAGUAACAGUUGGAGAUGUGAAUGAGCCACCGUAUUUCUCCCAGGACCCAUAUAUCUUAAGUGUUCAAGAAAACCUUCCUCUUGGUACGCUUGUGGGCGUGGUCGAAGCUCGAGACCCUGAUUUACAAAGCAGCUUUGUAAGUUACUCUAUUGAUCCACUCUCUGACCCAGAGGCUCUCUUUUCUAUUGACCCUGAAGAUGGAACUAUCAGAACAAGCAUUUCCUUGGACCGAGAGAUCAAGAAAGAGCACAGUAUCACUGUAACGGCUACUGAGAACGACAGCCCCUCCCAGGUGUCACAAGUUGGCAUUGUGAUCCAGGUGUUAGACGUCAAUGACAAUCCUCCGACACUUGCUGAAGUAUAUAAGCCACACGUGUGUGAUAAUGCACAACCUGGACAGAUCAUCCAGACUAUCAAAGUGAAAGAUGCAGAUGUUGAGAAUGGUGUUUUCUCUAUUCAAAGUCCAGCUGCUGCAAAUGGGAACUUCACUAUACAAGACAACAAAGAUGGAAGCGCGUCUCUUCUGGUGAAGCACAGCGGCUUCUGGAGGUCUCAGAGGGACUUGUUUUUAGUGCCGAUAGAAAUCACAGACAGUGGGAAUCCCCCUCUUAGCAGUACUGAUACCCUGACGGUCUCUUUAUGUCAUUGUGAGGCAGGUGGAACAGUCCUAACCUGUCAUAUGAACACAGGGUCAGCUGCUGGACUAAGCACUCCCGCUCUGUUGGCCAUACUGGCUUGUGCAUUUAGUCUUUUGGCCCUAGUGUCCCUCUUCUACUUGCAGCGCAGACACAAGCCAUCCCCUAUGUCUCUGUGUGAGGAUGAGGAUAUCAGAGAAAACAUAAUUACUUAUGAUGAUGAAGGUGGAGGAGAACAAGACACUCAAGCUUUUGACAUGUCAGCCUUGCAGCCUCCUCAAACAGGCCUCACUGGAGGCUUCUUUCACCCUCCUCGAAUGGAUGUUCUUCCACGGGUUCCCCGCCAGCCAGCUCACCGGUCACCUCAAUCAGCCCCCAUUGAUGUACAACGGUUUCUGGCCCUCCGCCUAAGAGAAGCAGAACGAGACCCUGUGGCUCCUCCCUAUGACUCCAUUCAAGUUUACGGCUUUGAGGGAGGAGGAUCUUCAGCUGGAUCACUCAGCUCACUGACCAGCAGCUCUGAAAGAGCUGGGGAAGAUGAACCUAUUGGGGACGACAUAUGGGAAUGGGGCCCACAUUUCAGGACACUCGCAGAGAUCUAUGGAGCAAAACGAAGAAACUCGAUUUCAGAAGAGUAAAACCAUUGAGUGAUUGUUAACCGAUUUCUUGUGAAUGACAUGCAGAAUGAUCAUUUACUCUUUUCCAUAAAACGGAGCGACAUACACUAUCAGUGACAACGCCCCUAUUCUUCAUGGAGACUAGCAGACUUGUAUACUAAGACAGGUGGACCCUUUGUUAACUCCUUCCCUGUCAGAGGCCGCCUAAAAAGAGUUACUAGGGGUGUUGUGAUGUAACGUUUACAAGAUUGCAUUCAGUUCUUCCAGUCUUCCCACCGCUUGCCGCGGGAGUAUCAGACACAGUCCGACGUGUGCCAUUUGUGAAAAACAAACGUUUUAUUUUCAAAAUAAAAUUGUUAA